CCGGGGGGAGGGCAGAGUAGAUGGUGAGUCUCCCCCUGGGAGCAGGCCCCCCGCGCCAUGGCAAGCGUGGUGGUGAAGACAAUCUGGCAAUCCAAAGAGAUCCACGAAGCGGGGGACCCACCUGCGGGGGUAGAGAGCCGCGCCCAGCUGGUCCCGGAGGCUCCCGGGGGGGUGACCAGCCCUGCCAAAGGGAUAACGAAGAAAAAGAAGGCUGUGUCCUUCCAUGGGGUGGAGCCCCGGAUGUCCCAUGAGCCGAUGCACUGGUGCCUGAACCUCAAGCGGUCCUCUGCCUGCACCAACGUGUCCUUGCUCAACCUGGCUGCCGUGGAGCCCGACUCCUCGGGCACAGACUCGACUACAGAGGACAGUGGUCCACUGGCACUGCCAGGGCCACCUGCUUCCCCUACAACACCCUGGGCUCCAGAGGACCCUGACAUCACAGAACUACUGAGUGGGGUCAACAGUGGAUUGGUACGUGCCAAAGACUCCAUCACCAGCUUGAAGGAAAAGACCACGCGGGUGAAUCAGCACGUUCAGACUCUGCAGAGCGAGUGCUCUGUGCUGAGUGAGAAUCUGGAAAGAAGACGGCAGGAGGCAGAAGAGUUGGAGGGGUACUGCAGUCAGUUGAAGGGCCCCCGCCCUGAUGUCCUGACCCAGGAGAACUGCCGCAAGGUGACCCGUUCAGUGGAAGACGCUGAAAUCAAAACCAAUGUCCUGAAGCAGAACUCUGCCUUGCUGGAGGAGAAGCUAAGAUACCUCCAGCAGCAACUUCAGGAUGAGACGCCCCGGAGACAGGAGGCCGAGUUACAGGAGUUGGAGCAAAAACUGGAGGCUGGCCUCUCCCGGCAUGGUCUGAGCCCUGCCACUCCCAUUCAGGGCUGCUCCGGUCCUCCUGGCAGCCCCGAGGAGCCCCCGCGGCAGCGAGGCCUGUCCUCCAGUGGCUGGGGCAUGGCAGUCCGCACAGGGGAGGGACCCUCGCUGAGCGAGCAGGAGUUGCAGAAGGUCUCCACCGGCUUGGAGGAGCUGAGGAGGGAGGUGUCCUCGCUGGCAGCCCGGUGGCAUCAGGAGGAGGGGGCAGUGCAGGAGGCCCUGAGGUUGCUGGGAGGCCUUGGUGGCCGUCUGGAUGGCUUCCUGGGCCAGUGGGAGCGGGCGCAGCGGGAACAGGCACAGUCUGCUCGGGGCUUGCAGGAGCUGAGAGGACGAGCAGAUGAGUUGUGCACUAUGGUGGAGAGGUCAGCAGUGUCUGUCGCCUCACUGAGGAGCGAACUGGAGGCACUGGGCCCAGUAAAACCCAUUCUGGAGGAGCUGGGACGGCAACUUCAGAACUCCCGGAGGGGAGCUGACCAUGUCUUGAACUUGGAUCGGUCUGCCCAAGGCCCCUGUGCACGCUGUGCCAGCCAGGGGCAGCAGCUAUCCACGGAGUCCCUGCAGCAGCUGCUGGAACGCGCGCUGACCCCGCUGGUGGAUGAGGUGAAGCAGAAGGGUCUGGCUCCUGCCUGCCCCAGUUGCCAGAGGCUACACAAGAAGAUUCUGCCCAGUCCAGUAAGCCCAGCGGCGCCUGCACUCCUCUCCCCAGGAGCUGGAGCGCCAGGCCUUGGCCAAACACGUCAGGGCAGAGGCCCUGAGCUCCACCCUUCGGUUGGCCCAAGACGAGGCCGUUCGGGCCAAGAACCUACUGCUGACGGACAAGAUGAAGCCGGAGUGAGGACGGAGGCGGAGGGCAUGGGAGGAGGGGAGAAGGUGGCCACUUUGGACUAUAUGCAUUUGAAGAUGUGCUCCCUCCACGACCAACUCAGCCACCUGCCACUUGAGGGGUCCACGGGGGCAAUGGGGGGAGGAAGCAAUGGAGGGGCUCCCCCGAAACGUGGGAGUCCAGGCUCUGAACAAUAAAUGGCCUCUCAUGCUGGCAUGAAU